CGACGCUUGAGUCCAGAAGAAUAAGCAACCGCCGACCCACAUGUUCGAGUCCCAAAAGCCGCGCAAACAAAGUCGGUGUUGGCAGCGUCACUUGCACCACAGUUCUCUCCCUUACCAAGGUUUCAACGCAGCAUGCUCGUGCAGCACAACAAACUGGGUGCUGCUGAGCGCCUCUCGUAUGUGACGUCGCCGACCGGCCUUGCCAAGGCUGCCGACGACUACGGCAUCGUCAAAACCCCCGUCGAUGUCGAAGCCGGCGGUUUGCGCGACGGUGCCGCGCCCGUGUACACGUCGCCCGAGGUCCUCGCCUUACUCUUUCAGUACGCGGCCAUUGGCGUCGUCUAUGGUGGCAUCUCUGGGAUGAAGUACCCGAUCCUCACCGGCUUCUUCCAGCUGCAAGGCAACGUCCUCAACUCGGCGACGGCGCUCAUGAGCCUCGGGUGGUCGCUCAAGGUCUUCUUCGGUGUGCUCACCGACUGCUUUCCAAUGUUUGGAUACCACCGCAAGCCGUACAUCCUUCUCGGCUGGAGCCUCACAUCCGUUCUUCUGGUCGUUGUGGCUCUCAAGCCCGCAGGCGAACCGGCGCCGGAUGCUCACGCGACCUCGAACGGGUCGGUGCUCGCUCUGCUCUGCACGGUUGCGUGUUUUUGCUACAUCCUCGCCAACGUCGCGCAGGACGCGCUGCUUGUCUCGUACGCCCAGCGCGAGCCAGUGGCGACGCGCGGUCGGCUCCAGUCGAUGGUCUACUCGGUGCGCACCGUCUGCAUGGCCAUCAUCACGGCGGUCUCCGGUUUCUGCCUCAACUCGACGCGCAUGACGGGCACAUACGACUGGGACAUUGGCGUCAACGGGUACUUCUGGAUCUUGGCGGCCACUUCGAUCCUCAACGUCCCGGUGGUCUGGUUUUGGGUCAAAGAUGUUCAGUCGACGACGCGGGUGUCGGUCUCGAGCUACUUGGCGCGGUUUUGGACGCUUGCGCAGAAGCGCGUUGUGUGGCAAGUGAUGCUUUUCAACUUUAUGUUCUCGCUCUUUGCGUCGUACAUCUCGACGACCGCGGCGCCGUACGUGGCGCUCUACUGGGCCAAGGUCGAGAACCUCAAUGCGUCGCUCACGAGUAUUCUCGGAAACCUCAUUUUUGCGACGGUCCUCAUGGUCACGGGCAAGUACGGCACGCACUGGAACUGGCGCUAUGUGCUUGUGAGUACGACCCUCUGUGCCAACGCGAUUGACGCCGUCGUGCAGUUCUGUACCAUCUACAAUGUUGUCCGCAACCAGUGGUUUUACCUCGGUGUGCCACUCACCGAGCAGCUGCCCGUUGGUAUCGGCUUUGUCGUUAGUACCUUUGUGAUUGUCGAGUUGGCCGAAGAAGGCAGCGAAGGCGUCAUUUACGGGCUCCUUACCACCAUCACCAACCUCCCGGGCGUCUUUGGCCCGAUGAUCACCAACGUGAUUGACGCCAACUUCAGCGUCAGCAGCCGCGCGAUCAAGAAGGACCUCCCCGAGACCCGAAACGAGGUCGCGUGGACGUAUGUGAUUGCGUAUGCGUCCACUGUCAUUGGCUGUCUCUGGGUCGUCCUGCUGCCGAGUCAAAAGGAAGCGGUCUUGGAGCUCAAGAAGCAUGGUGGGAGCUACCCGACCGUCGCCGGAUGCAUCUUCUACGCCUUCUUCGUCAUCCUCGCCACGUCCAUCACGGGGACGAUGACGUCGAUGUUUGACUCGACCAACUGCCUCAAGCUUGCCGGUGGUCACGGCUGUCCGGACGAUACGACGUCGCAGCUCUACUUGCUCGGCAUCUUUAUUCCUGCCGGUCUCGCAUUGCUUGGUAUUAUGUACUUGAAGUGGGCGUGAGCCAUCGUCGAACAAUCGAUUCUUGUUGGACGAGAGUACACACAUCUACCCCUGAUUUUAUACCGAUAUUUGCUCUUACACAUCCAUGUUUGGUGU